GGCCGGGCAGUGGGAGCAGGGAGUGGGCAGUGGACACUGGACAGUGCCUUCCUGCCUUGCGCUCCACCGUGCUGGCAGGUAGGCAGGUCCAGAUGCCUGCGCCGGGUCCCAGAUGUCCUAGCCAGCCUGCCAGCCUGCUGCCAGCUAGCCCACAGGGGCCCCAUUGUUCUUGCGUAUAGGUAUCCAUCUUGUCGCACCUUCCCUUGUCCUUCCCAUCUCCUCCCUCUCCUCCCCUCCCUCAGCAAGAACCCGUCCUUCACGCACCCCGUCCCGAAGGAAGCUCUUUUAGGUUUUUUUUGGUGCGAGUUGAGGAGCUGGAAGUGGUCGUCGCUGUUGGUCAGGAUCAAGGUUGAACAUCGUGACGAAGAAGGCCGUUACUCAGCUGGUGUUUUUUUUUUUUUUGGUGCAAGGACAGACAGAAUUUUUUGACGCACCUCGCCGUCCUGAUCUUCAUCUUUACCUACAUCCUCAAGAUGUCGUCGCUCUCUCGCCGUGCCUGCUACAAAUGUGGCAACGUCGGGCACUACGCCGAAGUGUGCUCCUCGGCCGAACGCCUUUGCUACAACUGCAAGCAGCCAGGUCAUGAGUCAAACCAGUGCCCCCUCCCUCGGACCACCGAGGCCAAGCAGUGCUACCACUGUCAAGGACUGGGUCACGUACAGGCCGACUGCCCAACCCUGAGGUUGAGCGGUGCCGGUGCCGGUCGGUGCUACAACUGUGGGCAGCCUGGCCACUUGGCUCGUGCUUGUCCCAACCCCGCCGGCGUUGGUAUGGGUCGUGGAGGUCCCGUUGGCCGUGGUGGUUUUGGUGGUUACGGCCGCGGCGGAUACGGUGGUGGUCCUCGCCCGGCCACAUGCUACAAGUGCGGUGGUCCCAACCACUUUGCUCGUGACUGUCAGGCGCAGGCAAUGAAGUGCUACGCUUGUGGGAAGCUUGGCCACAUCUCCCGGGACUGUCCUGCUCCCAACGGCGGCCCGCUCAGCACCGCUGGCAAAACAUGCUACCAGUGCGGCGAGGCCGGUCACAUCUCGAGGGACUGCCCAACCAAGCAGACCAACGGGGAGGUGAACAACACCGAGGUCGACUUGGCCGCUGCUGGUAUCCCGGCCCCUGUCCCUGCUCCCAUCGCCCCGGCAGCUUGAACGAGUGCUUUGAAACCAUGAAUAUGAUACAACCCAGUAUUAUCUUCUACUUUUUCUUCCCGGCCUCGGAACUAGGCCUCCAUACCUUGAUGCCCUAACCUAACGACUUGCUUUUUACAUGGCGUUCGUUUCUCGGUCUUGACACCUACUUCUGUCGACAAAUCCCCAUCGCAUCCAAUGAGCCCCAACAGCAACGAAUUUCAACGCAUUAGUAUGACUUUCACAUCUCUACCAAGAAUCGGCUUUGCUUUACUACAACAACCUUUUAAAGUCCAGGUGUGUUUAUUCCAAGACUCGGGUGGACACUGCUUGAAAGUGGUCGAAGUUCCAAUCCUCGGCUACCAAGCCCGAGUCAGGACAACGUUGAGCAUGGACCUAAUAUCCUAUGACGAAAGCUCGAGAAUAUCGGGCGAUGGGCAAGGACGAAUUUCUGGAAAAUACAAAACACUUUGAUACCCACAGGGAGUGAAGUGAGAAAGGGUUUUCAAUCACCUUUGUACCCGGCCUCAUCUGAUCUCGCCAACGAUGAGACAGCAAAAGAAAAAGAAAAGAAAAAUAACAUGGUGUAGGAGAGCUUCCAUCGAACCAUUUUCUUGGCCGAUGGGAAGAGAAAAGAGGGGGAGGCGCAGACGCUGCGCAAGGCCGAGAGAGGCUCGAAUGCAGCUCCUCGAGCCUGUGUGGCGGGCAGAAACAACACAACAGUCAUUCCCGGGUUUGUUGCGGUUUGGGUUUGAUUGAUGGGUGCUUAUAUGCUUCUUAAUCGAUUGUGGGAAGUUUUUGGCUGGUGGGAAACGAGAAAAAAAUGUGUGCCAGGAUAUGUUGGUAAACGAGAGGCUUGAGUGUAGAACCUCUCGUCGUCACCUGAUUUACCCUUGGUCCAGGUGGAAGGAACGUGGAGAGCGCGGGCGGGCCUGCAGAUUGUGAGAGGAGGUUAGGACGCCGUUGGUUUGGCAAGGUCCGGACCCGAGGACGCUUUAUAACGUCGAACGAAGAACGUCUUCUAUCGCUUGCGCACACUACCGCGAUGUGGCUUCUUUACUUACUGCAUUUGAAGGUGUUGGUGAGACUGGUGUUGCGAGAUUUUGUAGUUCAACAACAUUCGGCGUGGAUGUUGUUGAGAUGUCGUCCAGAUGUCAUGUGGACUUGAAGUCAUCCUCAGGUUCUAUGAUACCCACCCACACAGCUUUGCUGUCAGGAUCCGUGUGUGUGCGCACAUGUGUUCUGAAGCCAAGUCGUUGCCGUUGCUGAGUAAGCGAACGAGGACAAAGAAACAAAAGUACCUAGGUAUCUAGCUUGAGCGAUCGGGGAACUCUUGGAUUGCUGGGACCUCUUGGGCUGGUGCCCGGGCUUUGGCGCGUCCGGGUGGAGGGACCUAGGUCCUCGCGGGUGUCGCACUAACAGUAUCCGUGUAUUGGUCUCUUAAGGAACCGCAAGAUCGGGUUCGGGCAAGAUAUCCCAAGAAUACAUGUCUUUCUGGGGUACGUACGGAAAGUCUGGGGUAACGCAGACACAACUGCCGAGUGACAAGGUGUGCAUGUGUGUGUCUACCUUUUUUCUGCAUAUUGGCCUGCCUCGCGC